AUGGCCGAGUCCUUUGAGAAGAUCAAGGUGGAGUUCACCGGCCAUGAAGAGAGUGUGCAGGCCCUCGCAGAGGCCUUCCACGACUCCGGCGAGGUCCCCGAGAGGUACAUCAGGCAGGAGAUCGACGCCGAUCCCCUCGCCGCCGAUGCGGGUGGUCCUGCUCUGCCGACAAUCGACAUGUCCAUGCUGCUCGACCCCGAGUUCUCGGCGGAGGAGUCGGCUAAGCUCGGAUCCGCAUGCGAGCACUGGGGGUUCUUCCAGCUCGUGAACCAUGGCGUGGACGGGGGCCUGCUGGGGCGGACGAAGGCCGACGUCGCCGACUUCUUCGGCCUUCCCCUGGAGGUGAAGUCGGCCGUGGCGAUCCCGCCCAACGGCAUGCAGGGCUUCGGCCACCACUUCGUCUUCUCCGAGGAGCAGAAGCUGGACUGGGUGGACCUGCUGUUCCUCGCCACCCGGCCCGCCGACGAGCGGAGCCUGGACUUCUGGCCCACCAAGCCCUCCACCUUCAGGGACACGCUUGACAAGUACACGACGGAGCUAGCAAGUGUGGCCGAGCAACUGUUCAGGUUCAUGGCCAGGGACCUGGGAGUUGACCAGGAGGCGCUCCUUGGCACCUUCAAGGGUCUGCCCCAGUGCGUGAGGAUCAACUACUACCCUCCCUGCCGUCAGGCCGGCAAGGUGCUGGGCCUCUCGCCGCACACCGACGGCGUCGGCAUGACGCUCCUCCUCCACGCGAACGACGUGCAAGGGCUGCAGAUCAGGAAGGAUGGGGAGUGGUUCUCCGUGCACGCCCUGCCCGGAGCUCUCGUCGUCAACAUCGGCGACGUCCUUGAGAUCCUCAGCAACGGCAAGUACAGGAGCAUCGAGCACCGGGCGGUGGUUAACCCUGACAAGGAGAGGAUCACCAUUGCGGCGUUCCACAGCGUGCACCUUCCCUGCACGAUUGGCCCGUUUCAGGAGCUGGGUGACGCACGCUAUAAGACGGUCGAUGGCCUUGACUUCACCAAGGGGUACUUCGCCGCCAAGCUGGAAGGCAGGAGGUACCUGGAGAGCCUGAAGCUAUAG